ACUUUAAAGAUACAUUCAAAAGUAGCCUCCAGAUGUCACUAUUAUGCACAAACACAGUGUUUGGCAUUUUGUGGCAGUCGGCAGAAACACCGAAGUAAAUAUAAGAUAACGCUGUCGCAGUCUGUAAUCUACCGAUGCCACCGAUUGCAAUUAUUGCAAAUCUACAAAAUUCAAUUUGUAAAUAGUAUACUUUAACUAGAUUUUAUUAAGUUUCGUGAUAAAAAUGAUGAAAACAAUAAGGGAACGUUCCCGUAAAAGGAAAAAACUACUCGCUCAAACGUUGGGAGUCUCGAGCGUCGACGAAUUGCGACAAAUACUCGGCACAGAAGUUUACGAAAAGCCAAAAGAUAAAGACGAUGCGAUUUCGAGCAAAGUCAAAAAUGAAAAAAACAAUGACAAUACAGUAUUAGCCGACGAAAUUGUUUACACCGACUCAUCAACCUUUUUGAAGGGAACACAAUCAUCUAAUCCGCACAAUGAUUAUUGUCAACAUUUUAUCGAUACAGGCCAACGUCCUCAAAAUUUUAUUAGAGAUGUUGGUCUUGCAGACAGAUUUGAAGAGUAUCCUAAGCUAAGGGAGCUUAUUAAGCUCAAAGAUGAUCUCAUUUCAGAAACUGCUACACCUCCUAUGUAUUUAAAAACAGAUUUAUCUACUUUCAACCUAAAAGAUUUAAAUUGUAAAUCUGAUGUCAUUUUAAUUGAACCACCAUUAGAAGAGUAUCAAAGAACUUGUGGAGCAACUAAUGUUCAACUAUGGAACUGGGAUCAGAUUAUGGAACUUGAUAUUGGAGAAGUAUCAGCAAAUAGAAGCUUUGUGUUUUUGUGGUGUGGUAGUAGUGAUGGAUUAGACAUGGGUAGAUUUUGUUUGAGAAAGUGGGGUUUUAGACGCUGUGAAGAUAUAUGUUGGAUCAGAACAAAUAUAAAUAAUCCUGGUCACAGCAAAAAUUUAGAUAGCAAAGCUGUGUUACAAAGGACUAAAGAACAUUGUUUAAUGGGUAUUAAAGGAACUGUUAGAAGAUCUACUGAUGGUGAUUUUAUACAUGCUAAUGUAGACAUAGAUUUAAUUAUAUCCGAAGAACCUGAAUAUGGCUCUAUUGAAAAACCUGUUGAAAUAUUCCAUAUAAUUGAACAUUUUUGUCUUGGAAAGAGAAGGCUACAUCUUUUUGGACGAGAUAGUACCAUUAGACCUGGCUGGCUAACAGUUGGACCAGAAUUAACAAACACUAAUUUCAAUUCUGAUAUCUAUAAUAGCUAUUUUAAUAAUAAUCAGGUAACAACAGGAUGUACAGAGAGAAUUGAAGCGUUAAGACCAAAAUCUCCUCCUCCAAAAGGAAAAUCUUCAGGCAGAGGAAGGGGUGGUUUCAAUAGAGGUAGAGGACGUGGAAGAUGAAUGAAUGAAUAUAAUUAAUUUUAUGAUUUUAAAUAUAAAAAAAUGGAAUAAAUAUUGUUAUUAUUUAUGAAAA